UUGGAAUGGGACACCGCUUUGUUCAGCAGUAGGAGGGGAGGGCAGACGGUCACAGUUGGUUUGCCUGCUGGAAGUGUUAAAUACAAACCGCUGGGGCGGACUAUCCCUGUCUUAUCUUUGCGUAGCUGCGGUGCAACGUAUCUCGCAAAUAUUUGCUCUUCCCGGAGUCGGAGGAUUUCUCUUCAGGGAUGUCAAAGCGAGUGCGAAGCAGAGAGGUCUGCGCUGAUUGCAGUGCUCCGGAGCCUCGCUGGGCCUCGGUUAACAGGGGUGUGUUGAUCUGCGAUGAGUGCUGCAGCAUCCAUCGAGGUCUUGGGCGACACAGCUCUCAAGUCCGACAUCUGACUCACUCUUCGUGGCCACCCUCACAGCUGCAGAUGGUCCAGACACUGUAUGGUAAUGGAGCCAAUUCAAUAUGGGAACAUAGCCUUCUGGAUCCUUCCUCUUCAGUAAGUGGGAAGCGUAAAGCCAACCCACAGGACAGAGUUCAUCCCAACAAGACAGAAUUCAUCAAGGCAAAAUAUCAGAUGUUGGCCUAUGUCCAUCGGAUGCCUUGUCGGGAGGAUGACAGCGUAACAGCAAAAGACCUCAGCAAGCAACUUCAUUCCAGUGUUCGGACGGGGAACCUGGAAACCUGCCUGAGACUCUUAUCUUUAGGAGCUCAGGCCAACUUUUUCCAUCCAGAGAAGGGAAACACACCACUACACAUAGCAGCAAAAGCAGGUCAAAUGCUGCAAGCAGAACUGUUGGCAGUUUAUGGAGCUGAUCCUGGAGCUCUGGACUCCAGUGGAAAGACCCCCAUUGAUUAUGCGAGACAAGCUGGACAUCAGGAGCUGGCAGAGAGGCUAGUGGAGAUACAGUAUGAACUCACUGACCGGUUAACAUUUUACCUUUGCGGUAGAAGACCGGAUCACAGAAAUGGGCAACACUUCAUCAUUCCACAGAUGGCAGACAGCAGUCUGGAUUUGUCCGAGUUUGCAAAAGCCGCAAAGAAGAAGCUGCAGUCGCUAAGUAACCAUCAGUUUGAAGAACUUGCCAUGGAUGUUUAUGAUGAAGUCGACAGAAGAGAAACAGAUGCAGUUUGGUUGGCAACUCAGAACCACAGCACACUUGUAACAGACACUACAGUUGUGCCUUUUCUGCCAGUGAAUCCUGAAUACUCGUCUACGAGAAACCAGGGUCGUCAAAAAUUGGCAAGGUUUAGCGCUCAUGAAUUUGCAACCCUGGUCAUCGAUAUUCUAACGGAUGCGAAACGAAGGCAGUGGGGUAAUUCCUGUGACAGUCCGAAAGAGAAUGUAGAGCUGAUCCUUCAGGGAAUAGGCAGUCGCCAUAACAGCGAGAGCCAGGACAAUGACCAGCCGGAUUACGACAGCGUGGCAUCAGAUGAAGAUCCUGUCCAAGAGGCCACAUGUGGGGACAGCUGCAACGAUGGAAGGACCAAGAGCUCGGAGUCUUCUGACCUGUCUGAUGGACCAAUCACAGUACAGGAAUUUAUGGAGGUGAAGAGCGCCCUCACUGCUUCAGAAGCCAAAAUACAGCAGCUGCUCAAAGUCAACUGUCACCUGAGUGAAGAGCUGCGGUUGAUGCAGACCAAGCUGAACUCCCUGCAGACUGAAAACACAACGCUGCGAUGGCAAACCCCCAGCGGACAACAACAACCCCAGGGGCCUUUUGGUCGACACCCGCCCCGUGGAGGUCGCGCUAUGUCCAUGUAUGAGACGGGCUCCACUCCGAGGCAGUACCCCCAUCGGGUGGAAACGGCUCGGCAUGACGAUGGUGUCGUUUUACAACCCUUCCCGACCAACAUUGGUAGGGGUCCUUUGGGGACGGCUGCUUCCUCCCUCCCUACCUUCCCCUCUUCCCUGUCCUGGUCGUGGGAUGAGAGAUCUCGAAGGGGCUGCAGUCUGGAGGGACAGAGCACCAUGUUGGAGAACGACUAUGACACUACGCCUAACCACUCUGAACUGGAGGACACUGGGAGCCCUCUUCCAGCCUCUGAAGCUGUGGAAGCAGAGGAGGAGGGUGAAGAAGACGCCACCCUGCCCUGCACAGAGGACGUCAUCUGUAAGACUGAGCAGAUCACUAAGAACAUCCAGGAACUUCUGAGAGCUGCCCAGGAGACCAAACAUGAAAGCUUUUUGCCUUGCUCUGAAAAGAUCUGCAUGGCUGUGACAGAGAUGGCCGCCCUGUUUCCUAAAAGGCCGUCCUCGGAGACAGUGCGAGGGUCUCUGUGUCUGCUGACUUCCAGUGCCAGCCGGCUCCACGGGGAGUGCCAGAAGGCCGCAGAGCACAACCCCUGCCCGUCAGACAUCCAGCUGGUCACUCAGCAGGUCAUCCAGUGCGCCUAUGACAUUGCCAAAGCUGCCAAGCAACUCGUUACUGUGACAACCAAAGAAAACAACAACUAACUUAAAAAAAAAAAAAAAAAAAAAAAAAAAAAGCCCAAAGACAUUUCUGAUGCACUCACAGUUUAGGUUGCUACUCUCCUCCUAAUCAGUGUUUCUUUUUUUUUUUUUUUCCAUAUUAACCACUUUAAGUGUUCACAAACAUUCCUUGAGGUGGGGAAAAAAAGAUCAAUGAAAAGCUUUAGCGCAACACGGUAGUAAAAACAUACUAAAAGAUCUUCGAGAAAACCUGUUACUGUUCUUCACCUCUUCAGUUUAGUCCACUCGAUUUCCAAAAGUGCAAUGUUGCAUGUCUGUGUAAAACAAUUAGAACCACUAGCAGCUGCAGAGCUUUUGACAGUUUUCCACAGUACUUCAGUGGACAGCCGAGGUUAUUAGUUGCGCUGAUUGAGGUCUGGUUUCCUGCCUGUCAGAGAGGACCAAAAAUCAUCAAGAUGUCAGGCAUCAAGGAUCAGAACAGAUGAACCUCAGAGUAACACUGGUUCACAUUUCUUUUGCUGGUUUAAGUGUCUUUUUUUUUUUUUUUUUUUUUUGACAGUAUUUGAGUCAUCGUGAUGGCGCUCGCUUAAAAUGUUCGUUUCGUCGGCAAACUGUGAUUAUAAAAAACAGCUUCUGUGUUUUGAGCAGCGUGUAGGUUCAGCACCACCACCACCAGUGUGCUAACUUUCAUUCCAUCCAGCAACUCCAGCAGGUAAUUUUACAUUUCAGUCCUGCGCUCUGGUUGAAAAUGUGUUUCUAAGUAAAGUACCGGUAGUUUUUGGAGUUCCAAUGUUACAGCCAUACUUAUGAUGUUGUGCGGGUGUGUGAGUGGGUCAAAGAUUCCCACAGACGUGGCCUCUGCGGCCUCUGUUUUGAAUCAAUUUUAAUAGCAUUAUGCAAAUAUGUAAGAUGUAUGUAUCCAUGUAAUUCUUUAUCAGAAUAACCCAAAUGCUAUUCUAUUUAUAAAUUGUAUGUCAUACCUCUAAGAAAAUAUCAAUGUUUAUUUUCAUAAGCUUUUCGUUCGACAUGAUGCUCCUCACAGGCUAACGUUUGUUCUGAGGUUUGGGACGUCUCAGCUGGCAGUUAGUUAUAAGGCAACUUGUGAUCUCUGUUUAAUCGGUGUGGUGCUGUAACUCCAGUGUUUUAGAUGCUUCCUGUGGUCCAACACGCCGUGGUUUACAGCCAAUGAUAAAGUAACUGUGUCCUCAAGAGUUAGAGUUCCUGAUGUAGAACACCAGUCUAAUGUGACACUCAUUGUUGUGAGCCGGAUGGGUUUGAAGCUGGGCUGGAAGGAGGACUAGAAUACGGCGCACAACUGCAGGUAGAAAAAUCUGUUGUUUAGUUGCAAUCUGAUUAGCGUUAAAAAGCCAAAACAAAUUCAGUAAAAAUAUGUGUGACCUCUUCUGUGAGCAGCACCUCUCCUGUUCAGUGGCAACGCCUUUCUGAAGAAAACUUUAUUGAAAUCAAGUCACCUUUAAUGGUAUUUCUCAUUUACAACAAAAGAGGUUGGCCAAAGAUCCAUUUGAGACAAAGGAUUUACCGAUUUUUAUUUACAUGAAAGAUUUAAAGUCUGUUCAGGUUACAUCAAUUGCAAAACAAGUCAUCUUUGGGUUCCCCCUCAUGUCAAGGUCAAGACCUCACACCACCAUAGAGAGAAACCCUUUGAUUCUCAGGAAGCUGGCUAAGGAUGUACCGUAAAAGAAUUUCAAUGUCUAAAAGUAUUAGUAUUAAGAUGUCCUUAAACCAUCUUCAGCACAUUUUAUUGCUGCUGCUAAAGUUGUAAAAGUGUUUUGUUUUUUGACACAAAGAUGGAAUUUUGUCUCAACGUUAACUUACAAGCUUUUUUUUUUUUUUUUUCCCCCCCCAGGAGCUUUGACUUGAAUCUCAAGUUUUCACAUUGGUCAAGGAAAUAAUUUUGUUAAUUUCAUUCCUUUUUCAAGAUGCUUUUAUUCAUUUUUAAAUAUGUUUUGCAGACAACCUUGUAAUGACCAAUUACCUUCACUUAGCUUAAUCCCAGUGAGAUCAAUGAUUCCAUUUAAGUUGACCUGAAAUCCUGAAGGACGACUGCGUAACUUUUGCAAAACUACAUGGUAACUAACGGCUAAAACAUAAACAAGUAUAGUCCAUUAUACAGCAUUGAUCCUUCUUAGACAAGUCAUAAUUGAACCAAGAAACACUAUUUGGAUAAACCCCUUUGAAAAUUUUUAUAGUAGCUUUAUUUCAGAAGCAGUCAUCUGGACCUUGUUGCCAAGUAUUUUGCUCAGUUGUCAAUGAGAUGAUUUAGUUAACUGUCUGUGUACCUAUUUAUUUUUUGGUUUUAAAAAAGCUUUUUUACUUUUAAACAAGGCUAGUGUGGAAAAAACUUAAUGUAGUGGCUUUUUAGGGAAUUUUAUUUUGCAUUUGUAUGUUUGUUUUUUAAAAAUUGCCACAGUAUUAUCAAGGUAAAAUAGAAAAUAAAAUACACAAACUUUUUUUUUUUUUUACACGUUUUAAAUGAAGUUAUUUUGGGGGGAAAAACGCAUUUAAACUUAAUAUAGUGGAUUUUUCAGGGAGCUUUAAUUUGGAAUUCAUUGUCAAGGUGAUAUUUUUUGUCAAUAUAUCUUGACAUUUUUUAUUACCUCUAUUUUUCCCCCAAUUUUUAAUUUUUUUUUAACUGUUCUGUGUUUUGGACUGCCUGUGGAUGAAUGCCCAGUUACUUUUAGCCUUAUGCUAACGGUGCAGGGUUUUCAUUUAAAUUAUUUUGACUUUAGCAACAUAACAACACAAAACACAAAUUAAGGCUAUUUUUAAGAGGAAAAGCUGCUAGUUUGAGUGAAUAAAUAUCUAGAAUGGGCCAUGAGAGCAUUAACCAAUACACACAGGACAAAGCCAUUAAGUAACCUACAAUACUGUAUUUAAACUCACUCUAAAAUAAAUAUAAAAUGAUAGAUUUUUUUUAAAUCUUUUACUAAACCCUAGUGAGGAUAAAGCGGUGUAUACAGAAUGGAUGGAUGGAUAAACAAACUACUGAGUUCUAAUAAUGACAGUGCAAGUAUUCAGUUACUAACCAGCCUGGUGUCAAACCUGCCAUUUAUUCCCUGUAACCUGGAGCCUCUGUGGUUGAAAACAAUCCCUUGCCUUAGAUAUAAUAAAGUAUAAUUCAUACCUCUA